AUGGCACUGGCACAAGUUCCCAGGGAGGAGAGGCCUGUCCCGGCCCCGACGCUGCCUGCUGGUGUCCCCGAGGUGCCGCGGGGGAAGGUGGUGGAUUCAGGUCUGGAGGAGGCCAUCAGCCUCCUGGGCUCGGCCCUGGAUGACUAUCGGGGGCAGUUCCCAGAGCUGCAGCCCCUCGAACGGGAGCUCAAACACCUGGAGGAGAUACUGCUGCAGAAGCAGGGCAUCUUCCUCAGCCGGGCCUCCAGCAUCAGCCUGACUGUGGAGCAUGCACUGGAGAGCUUCAGCUUCCUCAACACCUCCGACAUGGAAGACUCGGAGGGCUCCGAGGAGGACCCUCUCCAAGAUGAGAGGAGGGCUGGCAGGCCCCGGCGCAGCAGCAGGGCCCCCAGCGCCAGUGAGACGGGAGCAGACGACACCGGCAUGUGCAGCGGCUCUGAGGCCAGCACUGACCCCAUGAGCACUGGGAACGAGUUCCUGGAUAAGGCCCUGGUGCUUCACCUCAACAACUGCAACCGCUUGCUGCUGAAGCUGGGCACCUUCGGUCCCCUGCGGUGCCAGGAGAUGUAUGCCCUGGACAGGCUGCUGCGGGAGGCACAGGUGCUGGAGAUCGUGUGCCAGCUGAUGGAGGAGCGAGCGGGAGCAGCUGGCUCUGCUGCCGAAGUGGUGCAGUUCUCGACACGGAAGGAGGGCGUGCUGCCCCUUUGGGAUCACUGUGUGGAAGUGCCCAACGUCUACACCUGCCCCGUGGAGCGGUUCCUGCAGGCACUUAGCACCCAGUACGCAGCACCCAUCAGCGAGCGGCACCCCGGCCUGGCUGAUGUUGUGUGUGUGAAGCUGGUGGAGGAUGUGCUGAAUCGGCGCCUGCCUCGGCGGCCCGGCAGCGCUCAGGCCGAGCAGGUCACCAUCUUCCAGUACUGGAGCCACUUCGAGUCGCUUGGUGCCCUGGCACUCGACACCUACAUGAUGGAGCUGGCAGAGGAAGCGCUGCUGGCGCAGAACCUCAACUCGGACGACCAGGACGUGGUGCUGCGUGCCCUGAAGCGCGUGCCCGAGGGCCGUCUGAAGAAGGAGGGUCUGAAGGCGCUCAGUCUGCUCCUCGUGGAGGGCAACAGCAAGGUGGUGAGCGCCGUGUCGGCCCAGCUCCGUAGCCUGGCAGAGAACCCCCGCUUCCGCCAACGGGCCCUCGUGUGCUACCUGGAGCAGCUGGAGGACGAGGAGGUGCAGACGCGCGUGGCCGGGUGUGCGGCGCUGGGCUGCCUGAAGGCCAAGGAGAGCAUCGAGCAGCUGGUUUACCUGUGCCAAACUGACAAGGAGCCUGUGCGGGAGGCAGCCAAGCAGAGCCUGAUGCUGUGUGGGGAGGAUGGUAAAUCAGCUCACCGGCGGCUGGAGGAG